UGUGCAAUGAAGGAGGAGGCGCUCGCCGCCUGGCACACAACACGAGCCAAGGGCGCGAGUUGCAAAGCCCAUGACGCCCUCAAUCAGGCCGCCUAGCAGAAGAAGGUGGUUAGGAUUAGCAGCGGUGACACCCUGCUUCUAUGUCAAAGAGGAAAUCGCCGACGCUCCAACCCGAGCCGUGCCAGUCGCCGCUUCAGCCAACACCGACGAUGCCGGCUCUGAUGUGUCCUCGAAGUAGGUGUCUUCCAUGGCUAGAACUAUGAUGAUUUAUUAAUAAGUUUAGAAUAAUUAUAUUAUAUUUGUAUGCCAAAUGCAAUGGUGUAUUUGCAUUUUAAGGAGAAAAUUGAGGGUGUCGUUUGAGAUUUACCCUUAGAAGACUUGCAGACGAAGCCAUGUGGGCCCCGGCGGCGAGUCUUCCAGAGUAAGCCAUCAGCUCCAUCUCCUUCCUCCGUCCGGCCGUCCCCCUUUCCCCUUUCACACCGCAAGAAAACCCUCGCCCAAAUCUACAGCAACCAACGCCCCCGUUUCAUCUACGAGAGCUGCGAGCUCACAAUUCCGCGGAGCAGCUCGGCCAUGGCGUCCUCCGUCGCCGGCGGGUUGCCGUCGAGGUCCGCCAUCGUGGCCGACACGACCAGCGGGCACCACCUUCUCACCAUCCACGGCUACUCCCGCACCAAGGACAUACCCACCGGAGAGCGCGUCAAGUCUCACCCUUUCAUCAUCGGCGGCCAUCGCUGGCGGAUCGACUACUACCCCGGCGGCGUGCGCCCGGAGGUCGCGGACUACGUGUCCCUCUCCCUGAUACUAGAGGAAGAUGGCCCGGCGCCGGUGAAGGCCCAGUACGACAUCUGCCUCGUUACCAAGGAGGAGGAGGCGGAGCAAGCCGCGUCGAUGGCGUCGGCACCGGUCGACGAGUUCGCUCCCCGGAAGGGCUGGGAGUACUCCAAGUUCGUCAGGAGGGUGGAGCUGGAGAGCUCAAAGUAUCUCACCAACGAUUCGUUCACCGUCCGGUGCGAUAUCGUUGUCGUCCAUGGUUACCGCGCCGCGGCCGGCAUGGCGGCCUUGGUCUCUGUGCCCCCAUGUGACCUGCGUGAGAACCUUGGCAGGCUCCUCGACACCGGGAUGGGCGCCGACGUGGUGUUUGAGGUCGGCGGCGAGACCGUCGCGGCACACCGGUGCGUGCUCGCGGCCUGCUCUCCGGUGUUUGCCGCCCAACUCUUUGGACCCAUGAAGGAGGGUAAUGCCGGCGUCGUGCGCGUGGAAGACAUGGACGCGGAGGUGUUCAAGGCGUUGCUCCGUUUCACAUACGCCGGCUUGCUGCCGGAGACGUUCAAGGAAGACGCAGUCGUAUGCCAGCAUCUGCUCGUUGCUGCGGACAGGUAUGGCAUGGGGCGGCUAAAGCUGAUCUGCGAGCAGAAGCUGUGCGAGUACAUCGACAUCGGCACGGCAGCAACCAUCCUGACGCUGGCCGAGCAGCACCGCUGUGAGGGGCUGAAGAAGGCCUGCUUCGAUUUUCUCGCCGCUCCACCAAAUCUGAGGGAAGUCGUGGCCACCGACGGCUUCCAGCAUCUGAUCGCGAGCUGCCCUUCUCUUAUGGUCGAGCUCAUGGCUAUGUCCCCUACACAUUAGCCAAGUGAUGGAUAUGCAUGCCUCUGAGUGUUGUAGCAAUGGUGAAACAUGGUUUCUAGGCUCAUGUACUAAUCUGGGUACCUCUCUUGGUGUAUCCGUGGCUCUACCUAGUUAACAACCGAGAUGCAAAAAUUAGCCUCAUUUCGCCCCUGUUUUAUCAGUUCAUUGCAUCUCUAACUGUGCCUAUUAACCAGGACGUGCGUUGGAAUCAGAGGUGAUAAAAUGCUCAGGUUUUUAGGCAAUGGUAGCUUGUGGUUUCAGGUCUUUGUUAUCUGAUAUUGCGCUUGUGGUUC